AAGUCAGUCCAAUCCAAUCCCAUACGGAUGACUUUACGUGCUCUUCUUGGCGUUGAGGGACUUCCCUGGGGACGAAGUUCCUUGUAAUCUUCAUAAAUCAAGAAGGCUACUUCAAAAAUAGAUGAGUGCGGCAAUGUGUAGCCUCCGGUCACCUGUUUCUAAGCUGGUUGGAAUUUGGAAAUGUGGAAGCCGUUGUGUGUCGACAACAUCGCGAUCAGCGAGCGACAAACUUUUCGUUCAUCGAGAUGACGAGAAGAACAAUCCAAAUAUCAAGUUUGAGUUUACUCCUGAAAAUUUGAAGAGAGCUAAAUCUCUUGUCAGCAUCUAUCCCGAUGGACAUCAAAGCGCUGCGGUGAUUCCGCUCUUGGACCUAGCCCAGAGGCAACACGGCUGGUUGCCUAUUUCAGCAAUGCAUUAUGUAGCAGAUUACCUGAAGAUGCCUCGCAUGCGCGUCUAUGAAGUGGCCACGUUCUACACCAUGUUCAACCGUUCGCCCAUGGGGAAGUACCAUGUGCAAGUCUGCACGACAACACCUUGCAUGCUUCGAGGUGCAGAAGACAUCCAGCGUGUCAUAGAGAAAAAGCUCGGUAUUCAUGAUGGUCAAACGACUCCUGACGGAUUAUUUACUCUGAGUGUCGUCGAAUGCUUGGGUGCUUGUGUCAACGCACCUAUGAUUCAGGUUAACGAUGACUACUACGAAGAUUUGACAGAGAAGGAUGUCCACGAGAUCCUGGACGCGUGCAAACGUGGUGAACGUCCAACGCCGGGUCCAAGAAAUGGCAGGCUUGCAUCUGAGCCACUCAGUGGGCUUACAUGCCUUGAUACCCCGCCUAGGGGCCCAGGGUUCAAGGUGCGUCCUGACCUCUGAGUUGAGUAUGUUCCUCAAGAAAUGUAUAGGAGAGAAUGGGGGAGGCUACUGCCAGCAUCUUUAGAUGUUUAGAAAUAAAACAGAAAAGAAAAUGAG